GGUUGUUGCGGAUUCGCGGUAAUUACAGUUGGAGCGUUGCCCGACGUCUAUCUAUCCGGUGCCGGCGAAGGACAUGGUAGGAAUACUCUAUUCCGCAGCUCCGCUCACUCACUACAGCAACACACGCUUCUUCAUAGCCGCCGCUGGCGGAAUCAAAUUCACCCGCGAUUCUCAACGGAAAGGAUCACCGGCGUGCAUUGCACCUAAUCCGCCCACCAACUGCCUCGUCCGACCGAUAACUGCAGCAUUGCUGGCCGCAACCGCGUGCGCCGUGGUAUUGGGCGGCCCAGCUGUCGCAGUGGAGCUUACUGGAGCUCAACAGCAAGCCGACUCGGAGACGCUUUCCAAUAUACCGCAGACGCUAUCGAGCGAAUGCGAGGGCGGCGAUUGUGCGAAGAAGGAUAGGAUUCAACGGCCGAAAUCGAAGCAGGCGGAAACCUGCACCGUCAAAUGUGUUAAUACUUGCAUUCGCGGCGGCUACGGAUCGCCCGGCGAAGGUCCGCUCAAUGUUAGAAGCAGGCCUCUGGUAGUGUUCAAGGAUGGGUUCCGGAGCCGGCAUUACUGUUUGGUGGAGUGUUCUGAUAUAUGCAAUUUGAUUAGAGAUGGUGAAGAUGGACCAUAGUGUUUGCAUUCUGUCCAUAUAAUCUCUCCACUCAAAGCUUAUAAUUUCUCCAAUCCCACCUCUAUCAUACUGAAGGAUGAAAAGCAGGGCUGAGUUGUAAACAGAAAGCGUGGAGGUUAUGGAUUUGAGUCACGAAGAUCAUCCAUCCACACAUUAUAAUGUGGAGGCCCCAAGCAUCCCUUCACCUAUAGUUCUUUCUUUUAGCCUUUAGUGUUGAUGCAGAAACCCUUAAAGCAACUGUGUAUCUGAUUUGUUUAUUACUCCAAUUAGCUUCAACAAUGCAAUUGCACAACCAACCAAUUUAUGUAUGGAUUGUAGAGAUGUGUCUUUGUACAGCAUGAUAACAUCACGAUGCAAAUUUCCAA